AUGGCUUCUCUCUCCCGCCUCUUGCGACCCCUGUCGCGCACUUCCUCGGUUCGCCUAACCUCCAAGCGCCUUGCUACUUACCGCCCUGUCCAGAGCGUAUAUGCCUUCUCAACUACGCCCCGCCGUCAGGAUGCCGAUCUCUCUCACCUCACUCCGACGCCGAUCACCUUAAUGUCCGAGACCGAAACGAUGAUGGCCGACAUGGUGUCCAAGUUCGCCCAGGAGCAGAUCGGCCCGAAGGUCCGGGAGAUGGACGAAGCCGAGUCCAUGGAUUCCACCGUUGUAGAGCAGCUCUUCGAGCAAGGUAUUAUGGGAAUCGAAAUUCCCGAGGAGUUCGGCGGUGCGGGCAUGAACUUUACCGCAGCCAUCGUCGCGAUCGAGGAGUUAGCUCGCGUCGACCCUAGUGUGAGCGUCAUGGUCGACGUUCACAACACCCUGGUCAACACCGCCAUCAUGAAGUAUGGCGAUGCUUCCUCCCACCGUGCUUGGCUGCCCAAGCUGGCUACCGGCACUGUCGGGUCAUUCUGCUUGUCGGAGCCUGUGUCCGGUUCCGAUGCCUUUGCUCUGCAGACCAAGGCCGAGAAGACCGCCGACGGCUAUAAGAUUAACGGCUCGAAGAUGUGGAUCACCAACGCCCAGGAGGCGGGUCUGUACCUUGUUUUCGCCAACCUUGACCCCAGCAAAGGGUACAAGGGCAUCACUGCUUUCAUAGUUGAGAGGGAUACUCCCGGUUUCUCGAUCGCUAAGAAGGAACACAAGCUCGGUAUUCGAGCUAGCAGCACCUGCGUGCUCAACUUCGACGAUGUCGUGGUUCCCAAGAGCAACCUGCUUGGCGAGGAAGGUCAGGGCUACAAGUACGCAAUUCAGAUUCUGAAUGAGGGCCGUAUUGGUAUCGCUGCCCAGAUGACCGGCCUGGCGCUCGGUGCCUGGGAAAACGCUGCGCGUUACGUCUGGAACGACCGCAAGCAGUUCGGCCAACUGGUCGGUGAAUUCCAGGGCAUGCAGCACCAGAUUGCGCAAGCCUACACCGAGAUCGCCGCCGCUCGGGCGCUGGUCUACAAUGCCGCCCGCAAGAAGGAAGCCGGUCAGGACUUCGUGCAGGACGCCGCCAUGGCCAAGCUGUACGCUUCGCAGGUUGCAGGUCGCGUGGCUGGUUCUGCGGUUGAGUGGAUGGGUGGCAUGGGCUUCGUGCGCGAGGGCAUCGCGGAGAAGAUGUUCCGUGACAGCAAGAUCGGCGCGAUCUACGAGGGCACUAGCAACAUUCAGCUGCAGACCAUUGCCAAGCUGCUGCAGAAGCAGUACACCAACUAG